GUUGCCACGGUAGCAUUUGGGAUGGGUAUCGAUAAGCCUGAUGUCAGGAAGAUCAUACAUUACGGAGCUCCAAGAGAUAUAGAAUCUUAUUACCAGGAAAUAGGACGUGCAGGUAGAGAUGGUUUACCAAGCGAAUGCUAUGCCAUAUUUGCACCAGCUGAUUUUCAGACAAACAGAUUUUUUUUAAAUGACAUCACCAACAGCAAUUUUCGUGAACAUAAGGCCCGAAUGAUGACAAAGAUGAAACAGUAUCUCAAUAUCAUUGAAUGUAGAAGAAGGGCUUUAUUAUUGCAUUUUGAGAGUAAGAAGAGUUCAUUGACAGGAAGUGAUCUAUGUUGCGAUGUUUGUAGAAAAAAAUGGAGAAAACAGAAUGGAAACAGAGGUGGUGUAUUUGAUGAUGACAAAUGCAGUGAGAGGGACUUCAGUAAAGAGUUAGACCUUCUAUUACAAGCUGUCAGUAUUACAGGGCAAAGAUUUGGUCUUGCAGUUCCAAUCUACUUUUUGAGGGGAUCUACUAAUCAGAAGUUGUAUGAAAGACAUCGUAAGCAUAAGGACUUUGGCUCUGGAAAACACCAUUCAGAAAAGUGGUGGAAAGCAUUUGGUCAUAUGGCAAUCAUGGAUGAUAUGUUGAAGGAAAUACCAGUACAGCAGGGAUAUGGAUCAACAGUUGAAAUAUCUGCUAAAGGAAGAAAUUGGUUUUCUGCACCUACUGCAUACAAACUAACUCCAAAUCAGGAGUUACUGAACUGUGAGAAGUCUUCCGUACAAUCAUCAGUCUCUGUCAUACCAACAUGUAAGAUACUGCCAAGUGUACCCGCAGGUGGCUGGAGUCAAAUGAUAAUUGGUGCCUCCAAUGGGGAAGUCAUGUCACCAACACAGCCACCUGUUGAUCCAGUAGAGCAAGAAUUACAGGGUCAGCUGUACAGUCAACUGCUAUCACAACGAAAUGACUUGGCUUUUGAGAUUGGAGCUGCCCCAUACAUGAUUGCAAACAACAAAAACCUACUUGAUCUUGCCAGAAUAAGACCAGGUUCUAUGAAGUCGUUAUUGAAGAUCGAUGGCAUAUCUGAAGCUCGUGCUGAGAAAUUUGGUGCUAAAUUGAUAGAGAAAAUUCAAGAAUUUUGUAAAGAUAAGGACCUGAAGAUUGACAAUUUUGCUGACACAGCACCCAGUCACAUCAGAGAUGAACCACAGACCCAAGGUGUUGUAUUUCAGCGUACUGCAAUAGUUCAUCCGUUAACCGAGACUGUGAUGACAACAUAUACAUUAUUCCAUGAGCAAAAUAAAUCCAUGAGUGAGAUUGCCUCAGUGAGAGGUAUCAAAGAAUCAACCGUAGGAUGUCACUUAGCAGACGCCAUCAAAGCUGGCUAUCCAGUUGACUUUGUAAGAGCUGGAAUCACUACAGAAAUUCAAAAGCAAAUUACUGAUGUUAUCAGAGCUCCACCAAUUAACUCAGAUAUCAGUCAGUUGAAACCAAUAAAAGAUUUGCUGCCUGAAUCCAUAGAUUGGCAUCAUAUUAGAAUUGUUAUAGCUAUACUACAAAUACAGUAUGGUAUGCCAACUGUUGUUGAAAAAGAUGCCUCACCACCAUCUCGGUCACUGCCAUUAAUAUGCAAACCAAAAUCACCAACUUUCAUGGACAAUGUUAGAUGUAGCCAGCCCCCUCGUCCAGGACAACAAAGUAUUGUACAACACACCGUGAAGACCACUACAGCUUUAUCAAAGCCAACCGUCAAAAAAAGUUGGUCAUUCUGUGGCUCAAGUCGACUGUCUGUUAGCACAACCACAUCUUCACAGUCACAGUCGCAGUCACAAGACCGGGACCGGGGUGUGAAAAGAAAACUACCAAGCUGGUUAGGUUCAGCAAAGAAAGAAGCCAGUCAAGGACUCAAAUGUACAAAGAAGUUAAAGGGAAACAGUUUAUUCAAUAAAAAAUAAAUUAAUUGAAUUAAUUCCUACUCUGAGACCCCAGAUGCAAGUGUAUUAUAUGUAGGUAUGAUACGAGUUUGUCUGUGUCCUUAGGAAUUAUGUAGUGUUUGGGUCUUGCAGUUGAUAAAUUCAGGCUUCAUGUUAAAUUCAGUAUUCCAUUUAAUACAGAGCUUUGAUGUGCAAUGGAGUGCUCAUAAGUUACAGCCACUGAACUUUCGGCCAGUAUUUUGAUCCUGGCCUUGUUGGCAUGUGUGCAGACUAUGCCACUUUCGAAAUCUACCAUGCUUGAUGUACAAAAUAAGUUAUUAGUAUAAGAAAAUUAAAUAUGCCUUAUUCAAACAAGUAUUUUGCCUAACGAACAAUAUAUUAGGAGAUGAAAGUAGUAAAGGGAAAAAAAUAUGUCAUACUAAUAUAUACUAAUGAAGAAA